AUGGGAAACAAACCUGUGAAGCAAGAAAGCGAAGAAAUUUUCUUGAAAGUUGUUCCUCCGUUGGACCGUACAUAUGUUAGGUGGCUUGCUCGAGAUCUUGAGAGGAUUCAUGGCUUUACACCAGCUAAACCUCGUGCUGUGAAGCCCCCAGAUCAUUAUAUUGAGUACAUGCAUCUGAAUGGAUGGUUGGAUGUGGACUUGGCUGAUCCUGAUCUAGGCCAUUUAUUCAAGUAG